AUGUCUGCUCCUUUCCCGGUCGAUAUAGUUGAUCGCAACUUGAAAUACACAUCUCACGCAGGCGUUGAGUGUUUGAUUGAGUUCAACGACAUUCUCUGUGUGUUGUCCAAUCAUGUACCCACGUAUAGUGUGCUGUUCUUUCAGAAAACCGAACUGGACGGCGACAAGCCUGAGAACUUCUCCUUGAGAAAGAUCGAUAUCGAGUCCCUGCCUGCAGAACUAUCUCCUUUUGUGACCAAGAUCCCAAGCCACCUUCGACAUGAAGAUACACCUGUCAUCCAGGUUGUGGUAUCGACUGGAUCAGGAACCGGGAAUGCCAAGACAGUCUUUCAAGAUGUUGUACAGCCGCUUCUUGAAUAUAUUGGUCUAGAGAAUUACGAGCUCUACGAAACAAAGUCGGCCGAAACCAUCAUCGAGCUUGCACGCUCGAAAUUCUUGGAGCGGGCUCAUAAUGGCGUCCCUCAGACUAUCAUCCUUCUUUCUGGCGACGGGGCCCUCAUCGACAUUCUCGAGAUUUUCUACAAAUCCAAGACAUCGAUUGGUGUAUCACCCAAUAUUGUGUUGAUUCCUUGCGGGACAGGGAAUGCCAUGGCAAGUUCCAUUGGAUUACGAUCUGGCCCGGUGCCGGGUCUUUCAACACUACUUCGAGGCAGUCCAUCUUCUAUACCGGUCUUUGCUGCCAAAUUCUCACUUGGCAGUCGGAUGGUCAUCGAUGAAGGUCGUCAUCGAGCCGAUAUCGACACCGAUGUUAAUCACACAUUAUACGGAGCCGUUGUUGCGAGCUGGGGACUCCAUGCUGCAUUAGUCGCCGACAGCGACACGUCCGAGUAUCGCAAAUUUGGAGCCGAUCGGUUCAAGAUGGCCGCAAAUGAGCUACUUCAUCCCUCAGACGGUACUCCACCUCACCAAUUCAAAGGCAAAAUCACAUUAACCACCUUGAAUGGUCCGAACGAGACACGCCAACAAGCAGUGGAAGGGCUUGAGCACAUGUAUGCACUUACUGCACUCGUCCCACGGCUUGAGAAGGACUUCUUGAUCUCCCCGGACUCAGUGGCCCUGGAUGGACGGAUGAAAUUUAUCCGCUUCGGUCCUAUGCCGGCGGAAGAUGCAAUGCAGUUGAUGAUCCUAGCCUACCAGGGCGGUCAACAUGUGAAGGAAGACACGGUCACCUAUGCCGAUGUUGAACAGGUUCGAAUCGAUUUUCAAGAAGAGGAGGAGAGGUGGCGACGCGUAUGCAUUGAUGGAAAGAUCGUCGCUGUCGAAAGGAACGGUUGGAUGGAAAUUUCUAAAGAACCCAGGCGUUUGCUGAACUUGAUUAAUUAG